AUGGAGGUUCUCAAAGACUUCCCAGAAGAUUUCGCAAAGGCUUUAACAACCAGUUUUGAAAUGUUAAAGAAUUUUAACGUGAGGUAUUUAGAAGACCAUCAGCCAUUCACCAAGAAGUACUGGCGUUUCUCCUACAUAUUCGUCACUAUCUUCAUUCAUGUCUUCUCAUUGAGCAUUCACAUGCCAGAAUUGCUGACAGGCGACGAAAUGACGCAGUUUGCUUACCUGAUACCUUCUAUUCUGGUUACUAUUCAUGCCAUCCUUAAAUCGAUGGUUCUAAUACCGAUGACGAGACAAAUAUCAACAUUUAUAUCAGAGCUUGGCUCUCUCUGGAGAGUUAAAUUUACUGAAAAACAAUUUGAAGACAAAGACGCUGUAUUGUGGAGGCUCGACUUUAUCAAUAGAGCCAGCUAUUGGGUAAGCCUGAGCGGUUCAGCGCAAUACUUGCUAUCGCCAUUAUUUGAAACUUUGUUCCGGAGAUUUAUAUUAAAACAGGAUUGUAAACUACUCCUACCAUUUGCUUCGGAUUUUCCACUUGACCAUACCGAGAACUGGAUGUUCUAUAUCCUCGUAUACAUUUUCCAGUUAUACUCCAUGUUCCUUCUAGUUUCCAUGUACACUGGUGCUGCGUUGAUAAUGAUAUCGUCUUGUGCCCUAUUGGGAGCAGAGUUUUUGAUGCUAAAAGAUGAUUUGGCUCACGUGAAGCCAUUUAACAAUAACGGUAUAAGUAAUAGUGACGAUGUUGACGAAGAUGAUGACAAUGCCGUUGAGUUCACUAUUGAAGAAUUUGUGAAAAGACACCAAAAGCUGUUGAGGUUAUCCCGCCAGUUGGAUAACGUUUUCAACGGGAUGGUAUUCAUAGAUCUUUUGUUUGUUGGUAUCACAACGUGUGCUUUCAGUUUCAUGGGACAGUUCGCCCGAGGUCCCGGUUACAUGUUGGUCAGUUAUAUAGGCAUUGCCUCGAACAUGUUCACCGUUUUGUAUUUGUGUUACUAUGGCGAGCUGCUCACAAGUGCGAGUUCCAGUAUUGGUGACACGGCGUAUGAAAACUUGUGGUACGAGGGAUGCAGACGGUAUAAAAUGGCGAUAUUCUUCAUAAUUAAAAUGUCUCAAAAGCCCUGCUGUUUAACAUCUAUUAGGUAUGCUCAAGUUUCUAUGAAAAUGUUUACUAGGGUGGUCAGCACAACUUGGUCCUAUUUUUCUUUGAUGAACAGUCUGUACUCGGAGGAAUCAGCAUAAACAAUAUUAUCCCUACAAUACUAACCUUUUAAGCGCCCAGUUAAAUAACAAUUACCGUGCCCUUAGUAUGCGGCUACAAAAAAAAAGAGCAAUUGUGUGAAUAGGUAACGAACAAUCAUUAUUAUAUGUUCCCUGUCGCAGUAAUACGAUAUGAACGACAGGGAC